UUCGCCCCAGUCACCUUCUUCAUUUCCUUUUCAUUCAAGAUGGCGGGUGACGAGUCUGGCACAACGCUUGGUCAGCCUCAUUUGGCUAAACAAGACCUUACUUCUCUGGACGUGUCGUCCUUGACGCCUCUCUCUCCAGAGAUCAUCAGCAGACAGGCCACCAUAAAUAUCGGAACCAUCGGUCAUGUAGCCCACGGAAAGUCCACAGUAGUGAAAGCCAUUUCUGGUGUUCACACUGUUAGAUUCAAGAACGAGCUGGAAAGAAACAUCACCAUCAAGUUGGGAUAUGCUAAUGCAAAGGUCUAUAAACUUGAUGACCCCAACUGUCCCCGGCCCGAGUGCUACAGGUCGUGUGGCAGCAGCACUCCUGAUGAGUUUCCCACAGACAUCCCCGGCACCAAGGGCAGCUUCAAACUGGUCAGACAUGUGUCUUUUGUGGACUGCCCCGGUCACGACAUUUUGAUGGCAACCAUGUUGAACGGAGCCGCCGUCAUGGACGCAGCCCUGCUGCUUAUUGCUGGUAAUGAGUCGUGUCCUCAGCCACAGACGUCAGAGCAUCUGGCGGCCAUAGAGAUCAUGAAGCUGAAGCACAUCCUCAUCCUGCAGAAUAAGAUCGACCUGGUGAAGGAGAGCCAGGCCAAAGAGCAGUACGAGCAGAUCCUCGCCUUCGUGCAGGGCACAGUGGCAGAGGGCGCUCCCAUCAUUCCUAUCUCAGCACAGCUCAAGUACAACAUCGAGGUGGUCUGUGAGUACAUCGUCAAAAAGAUCCCAGUGCCACCGAGAGACUUCAUCUCAGAGCCCAGACUCAUCGUCAUCAGAUCUUUUGACGUGAACAAGCCCGGCUGUGAAGUCGAUGAUCUGAAGGGAGGCGUGGCAGGAGGAAGUAUCCUGAAGGGCGUGCUCAAGGUGGGUCAAGAGAUUGAGGUGCGGCCGGGUAUCGUGUCCAAAGACCAUGAAGGAAAGCUCAUGUGCAAACCCAUCUUCUCCAAGAUCGUCUCUCUGUUUGCUGAGCACAACGACCUGCAAUAUGCAGCACCCGGAGGCCUAAUCGGUGUGGGCACUAAGAUCGACCCGACGCUGUGCAGGGCAGAUCGUAUGGUUGGUCAGGUGCUCGGCGCCGUUGGAGCGUUGCCAGAGAUUUUCACCGAGCUGGAGAUCUCCUACUUCCUGCUCAGGAGGCUGCUGGGAGUCCGCACGGAGGGAGACAAGAAGGCUGCAAAGGUCCAGAAGCUGUCUAAGAACGAGGUGCUGAUGGUGAACAUCGGCUCACUGUCGACGGGCGGUCGCGUCAGCGCCGUCAAGGCUGAUCUGGCCAAGAUCGUCCUCACCAACCCGGUGUGCACAGAGGUCGGAGAGAAGAUCGCUCUGAGUCGACGUGUGGAGAAACAUUGGCGUCUGAUUGGAUGGGGGCAGAUCAGGAGGGGCGUGACCAUCACACCCACAGUGGACGAUGACUAAGGAGAUGGAAAUAAAACAGGAUGAUACCGUAGCAAAGCUCCCAUCAGCUGGACAUCACAACCAUCACACUCUUCUUUUUGCAUUUUUUUCCUUUUACUUUUGUUUUUUUUCCCAAAAGGAGAAACGGUGCAAACCAAACAGGACACAAAUGUUUUAAAGAUGUUUAAAGAAGCUUCCUCCGUCUGCUCCUCUUCCUCAGCAGUGAAGCUCAGAUCAGACCGUUCACUUUGCUGCAGAUGAAGAAGAGCAGAGAAGCAGAGGAGGCUCUUUGAUCACAAUCCUCCAGAAGCCUCAUUCAGAGCGACACAGAGGUUCACUCAGUGCGGAAGUGAUCCUGUGCUGUCCAAGAUUUCUGUCAGAUCUCAUAAUAAAGAAAAUUUGGAAGAUUAA